CGUAAAAAAAAAAAAAAAAAAAAAACCUUCUCUCCAAGUCUUCAUCGAAAAGUCGUUCUUCAAUCAACGACUUCAAAAGGGAAAAAUAGAAAGAAAGAGGCUGCAUUGUGAGAAAAUGGAUCGAGGAAAGAAGCUGACAAACUUAUAUGGGAAUAAAAACAACAAUAUCUACAUGGAUCUGAAAGACAUAAUAAGGGAAAAUGCACUUCCUUACCUUCCUGCUAAAUCGCUUUUUCGGUGCUCUGGAGUCUGCCGGGAUUGGAAGCUUCUAAUAUCAACUCCUUUCUUUGCCCACAAUCAGUCAAAUUCGUUCCGUUCUAUCUCGGGCUUCUUUUACCAAACACAAGCAGGCGUGCCAUCGUUCAUGUCUCUUGACCCCAUGGCUUAUGGUGUUCCAGAUCCAAGUUUAGAGUUUCUACCCGAACCUGUCGAAAUUAGGUGCUCUUCUAAUGGGCUGCUUUGUUGUCAGGGGUGUACUGAUUACAAGGCUUACUAUAUCUGCAAUCCGGUUACCAAGCACUGGGAGAAACUUCCGAAACCGGAGGCUGAUCACGGGCCUGACCCUGCUGUAGUGCUUGCAUUUGAACCAUCAUUACUGAACUUCACUGCUGAUUACAAGCUGAUUUGUGCCUUUCCUUCCGAACUGGAUGGAUUCGAGUUUGAGAUAUAUUCGUCUGGAACAAGAUCAUGGAGAAUUUCUGGUGAGAUUUACUUUUCUAAUAGGAAGCUCCUGCCAAAGUCAGGUAUUCAUGUGAAUGGUACUGCCUAUUGGCAGACGAGUCUUGAAAUUAUAGCAUUUGAUCUCAGUUCAGAACGGUGUCAGCUCCUCUAUAAGACAGUUGGGUCCUUAGGAACAAAGAACGGGAAGCUUUGUAUGGCUCAUGUACACGGUCGAAGUCAAAACUUAGUCGUGAGAAUGUUAUCUGAUGUUCACUCAAAUACCAUGCAAAUGCACAGCGCUGCCGAGCUGUGGAAAGAACUACCGAGAAUUCAUCUUGAUGUUUCACCAGCUGCAUUUUCUUCGUCUUGGUAUUUUUAUGGCCAUGGUGGAGUAGAGUUUAUCGGCGGAGAUGUGGUGUUGUUUAGAGAUGGGAACAUGUUUUACUGUUAUGACAUGAAGAAAAAGGCCUCUGAAAAUUUGGGUCAAGUUGAUAUUGAUAUAAAGGCAGGAAUUGUGGGUUAUGUGAAUAGCCUUGUUGACCUCCAGACUGUGGGAUGAGAAGAACACAAUGAAAUU